GAUAUAUAAUACUGUAAGCCUAUCGGAUAUAGUUCAAAGUUCCAAGUACUGUUAAAAAGACUUCUAGAUCAUGUCAACUGAGGAGUUGAAAAGAAUCGCUUGCAAGGCAAUUGAUGAUAAUGCAGCUAAAUUAAACGGUGUUAGUCAAGAAAUAUGGUCUAAACCAGAGUUAGCUUUUGAAGAGGUUGAAGCUCAUAAGUUACUGACUGAAUUUUUGACUGAUCAAGGUUUCGAAAAUGUCGAAAAAUCUUUUUUAAUGAAAACUGGUUUUAGAGCACGAGCCGGCAAUCCUGAUCAUCAAAGACAUGUUGCAAUAUUAUGCGAAUAUGAUGCUUUACCUGAAAUUGGCCAUGCAUGUGGUCAUAAUUUAAUUGCCGAAGCUGGAGUGGGAGCUGCUAUUGGCGUUCUAGCCGCUAUUAAAGCUGGAGCAAGAGGCCGUGUGUCAGUAUUUGGGACUCCAGCUGAAGAAGGCGGCGGUGGUAAAUUACCUUUUAUUGAAAAGGGUCUAUUCAACGACGUCGAUGCUGCUAUGAUGGUACAUCCGUGCUUCUUCGAUUCAUUCAAGCACGAAUUUUUAUCUAUUAAAAGAAUACAGGCGACAUUCCAUGGAAAAGCUUCGCAUGCCGCAGCCUCACCAUGGGAAGGUAUCAAUGCCCUGGACGCUGCUGUAACGGCUUACACGUCAAUUUCUGCUCUAAGACAACAAAUGCAUCCAAAGUGGAAAGUUCAUGGUAUUAUAAGCGAUGGCGGAGUUAAGCCCAACAUUAUACCAGAGAGGAGUCAAAUUGAAUAUUAUCUUCGAACCCCAACUGAAGUAGAAAUGAAAACUUUAGAGAUGAAAAUACGAAACUGUAUAGAAGGAGCCGCCCUUACUGCUAAUUGUACAGUGGAAAUAAAGCAGCUACAGCCAUCGUACAAGAAUAUGGUUUUUAAUGAUGUUCUAGUUAACCUAUUCAGCGAAAAUGCUAAGGAACUUGGCUUAAUUGGAGAAGAAUUCGAUCCCAGUAAACCUACAGGUUCAACCGACAUGGGAAAUGUAUCACACGUCGUUCCGAGUAUUCAUCCCAUGUACGCUAUACCUACGAAAGCUUUCAAUCAUACAAGAGAAUUUACAGAUGAUGCUGGAAAAGAAUAUUCUCAGGCACCGACAAUCCUCCAAGCUAAAGCUAUGGCAAUGACCGCCAUUGACCUGUUUGAAAAUCCCAAAUUGCUACCAACGAUUCGUGAAGAUUUUGAAAAUUAUUUACAUCAAGUAAAGCAGAAACGUGGUUGGGGUUUCACCCCUAAUUUUGAUUAUUUAAUUAAAGAAGGGACAUUCGUAGAGGGGGGACUAUUAGGUUCUUACGCAACAGUUACUAUUCCUAGUCAUUGGACAAUUGCCACUGGUAUGUACCAAGAAAGUCAUGGAGUUGUUGGAAGGCAAAUGUACGAUCCGAGAAUAAACGAAACGUUGACAAUCACGGCAGAUUCCUCCAAAUCAUCAUUCUGGUUCAAUAACGGUACAUCGGGAGGUGGCGGUGAACCUAUUUGGGUAACUAAUGAAAGGCAGGGUGGACUCAGUGGCGUUAUGCAUUGGAUUGGGCUUGACGUUGAAUUACACGGUUUCUUACCAACUAGACAAGAAAAGUUCAAUAUAGAUAUGGCCACUGGCCAUAAGGAAACUAUUGAUAAAUUAAUUAAUUGGCUCAUAGACGAAAAUCCAAUUAAUUUGGGAUUAUUGUAUAUUAGCCAACCAGACAAAUUUGGUCAUUUCUACGGACCAACAUCAAUUGAAGUAUUAAAUGAAAUUAUUCGUCUUGACGAUAUAGUUGGAUAUCUAAUUGAAAGACUUAAAGAAGAGGAUUUGUACGAUAGUAUUAAUUUAAUAAUUACAAGCGAUCACGGUAUGACCGAUUCAAGUAAAGAAAAACUAAUAGUAUUAGAGGAUUACUUAGAUUCAAUGAAGUAUGUAUCUAUAAACAAUUCCCCUAUAAUUCAUAUAACUCCUUUAGAAGGUGUUGAAGCGGAUGAAAUUAUUAAGAAUUUAUCAUCUGUCAAACAUAUUAAAGUUUGGAAGAAAGAAGAUAUUCCAUCGGAAUUUCAUUAUAAGUUCAACGAGCGUAUUAUGCCUAUACUUCUCACUGCUGAUUUAAAUUGGAACAUCGUUAAAACUAGGAGGGAAUACAACAAAUGGUGUAAGUUUACAAUUUUUUACAGAAAAAACAUUCGCUCCUCCCUUUUAUUUAUUUAUUUUCUCU